UCUGCAUGACCACAAUGAAGGAAAUCUGGUGCAAAAUGUAAACUACAGCCAUCACAUCAAUUGGGGCAGUGAGAGCGACAGAAUGGAUCCCCAGCCAUGUUCUAUGAAGAAGGUUCUGCUGCAGGUAUGGCUCAGUCUCCUCACCAUGGCCAUGCUUGUCAUGGGCGCACAACUCGCCUUCAUCAUCGCUAAAGGCAACCAAGCGGCUUUGGCGGAACCACGCGGAGGCCCAACGCUGAGCAGCAUACAUCAUUACGAUCCAUCACGAGCUCCGUCCAUGUCCGUUGGGGAUUUUCCAGGUUUCUCUCAUUCAUACAUACAAAUCAUGAAAUCAUCCAACAGACAUCCUUGGGAGUCCAGCUCACCCAUGUGCGACCGAUGCACACUGGCACUGCGCAACGAUUCCAUCCUGUUUGGCCAGGACGGCGUCUACUUCCUGUAUGCCCACGUGACCUUCACAGAACAAUCCAUAAGAGGCGGGCGAGGCAAAAGUGUCAUUGUGACCAGAAACGCCACAUCCGGCAAAAGCGUCAGGAAGCUGGCCGAGGGCUCCUUCCCGGCCGCGACCCACGGCUCCGUGUGGGUAGCCAAGAUGGUGCGGCUCCAGGAGGGGGACAGCGUUAGUAUAAACAUUAGUGGAGACUUCCUGACUGAGGACACAUUUUGGGGUGCCUUUCAGAUCCAUUAA